CUGAUGCCGACUGUGUGACCUGCAGGUUGUUCUGUCGUCUGACGCCCCCCCUGUGUCUGAACUUCCUGGGUCUGAUCCACAUGGACUCGGCCAUCUCCCACCAGCUGAAGGAGCAGACGGCCUACACCUCCAUCAUGGGGUCGAUGCGUGUUCUCUCUUUUAUCGCUAACGGCUUCUACAUCUACUACCCCAUGCUGAUAGUCAUCCUCUGUAUCGCCACCUACUUCAGUUUGGGGACUCGCUGUCUGAACCUUCUGGGCUUCCAGCAGUUUGUGGGCGACAGCGAGAUGACGUCGGACCUGAUCGACGAGGGCAAGGAGCUGAUCCGCCGAGGUAACCAGCAGGGCCCCACGGAGACCCGGACCCAGACCCUCCACAUCUCCUCCGCAAGCACAAAAAUACACUGCUGA